AGUUAUUGGAAGAUGGAUUCGGUGAGUGAUAAUUCGCGCGAGGGAAGUUGUGAUAAGGACCAGAACUAUAUUACAAAUCGAUUACCUAACAAAAAUAUCCUAAUCAAAGGGAAGAAUUUUGAAUUCGCCAUCGGCCGAUUAAUUUCUCAUGGACGAUUUGGUGCGGUAUAUGAGGUUUUAAGGCGUACGGAUGGAAGACGUUUUGCGGCAAAGUUAGAAAUAUGCGACACACAUUCCCAUGGACUGAAUAUGGAUUACAUUGUCUUGCUACAAGCUUCAAAAGUCCCAUGUGAACAUAUUGCAAGCCUGAUCGAUCAGGGUAAAAUCGAAGGAUAUUUCAAAUUCAUCAUCAUGAAAAUGCUCGGUGACAAUCUACAUAAAUUGCGACGAGCAUUUGUUGAAUGUCAUUUUUCGUUAUCAACUUCACUGCGACUUGGAAUUCAGACACUAACUGCGUUGGAGGAGCUGCAUUCAAUGGGCUUUGUCCAUAGGGAUGUCAAAGCAUCAAAUUUCGCAAUAAGCGAUCCUUCUGAACCGAAGACGAAUGUGUAUAUAAUUGAUUUCGGACUUUGUCGAAUGUAUCGAAAUCCUAAGGAUGGAAUCAAACCACCUAGGAAUAAAACUUCAUUUAGAGGGACUUCACGUUAUGCGUCACUGGCAGCACAUCGAGAGGAAGAAAUAUCACCAAAAGAUGACCUUGAAUCGUGGUUCUAUAUGCUUGUCGAAAUGAUUUCUGGAGAACUUCCAUGGGGUAACAUUGAUCGAACAGACCGUAAAGAAAUACAGUGUAAGAAAGAACAAUGCCGAUCAUCGGAUGCACUUAAGACACUUCUCAAGGAUUGCCCUAAGGUUGAGUUCCGGCGUAUCCUGAAUUACAUCGAUUCUUUAACAUACCACAGUCAACCAGAUCACAAGUUUUUAACGCAAAUGCUACAACUGGCAAUGAAAAAUUACGGUGUGAAGAUGGAUGAACCAUACGACUGGGAUGAUGAGUUACAGAUACAGCUCAGUUGAAAAUAAAUUAGAAGGAUAUUGCUAUAUUUAUAUUGUAUUACGAAUACUGGCUGCUGUGAUUC